UAUGGAGAAUAGCAAUAAAAUUGUUCCACCGCAUCUCAAUGCAGAAGUUUACAGAACAGACACUACCGGUACCACCACAGUCUCUUAUUUAGAUUAUAUUCUUAUUCAGAAAGAUAGCAGUGUGCUUAUAGGUUGCUCAGAGUUAACUGGACGUUACUGGAACGGGGGUGCUAGCGUUUACACAGACAUUCAAGAUGCCCUGAAAUGUCACAAUGGUACAAAAAGUAGUAUAUAUUUGACAAGUGGUACUGCAGAUGGAUGUUUUAUCGGUAAUUCUAGUAAGGUAUUAUUAUGUGAAGACAGCGGUGCAGUGAGUAUAUGGUCAACUACAUGUGAUGCAUGGAAACUCUGGAAUGAAGAUAUAUCUGCAGCUGAACAUGAUGAUGCUGCAUUGGCUGUUGGGUGUUUAGUUCCAGAAAAAGAAUAUAUAACAGUAGGAGGUGAUGGAAAUGUAAAGAUAUGGGAUAUAAAUGAAAUGAUAUGUAUGACAAAUUAUAACGCUGCUCACAGCAGAGCCAUAUACAGUGUGUCAGUGAAGUCCAAUUCCAACACUAUUUUUGCAACUGGUUCAUUAGACGAAUUUAUAACUUUGUGGGAUCAAAAUGUUUCCAAACCAGUCCUGGAUUUAGUACAAAAUAACUGUGGCAUCCGUUGCUUACAAUGGAUAGAUGAAAAUAGACUAGUAUUUGGCGAUGAGGCUGGGGUGUUAAGUUUAGUAGAUGCUAGAAAUCCUCAAGAAGUUACAAAAUUAACAGAAUUUCCCGCUGCUGUUCAUAAGUUGGUUGCUCAUAGAGAAUCUCAUAAAAUGGGAGUAUGUUGUGAUAAUAAUAUAGUAUCAGUGUGUUCAGUAAGUGAAGAUUGUAUAGCUAAUGUUGUGUACCAUGACAGGCACAUGCACAAGAAUUAUGUAAGAGGAAUGGCAUGGGAUAUUAAGGAAGACAAUGUAUUACACACAUUAGGAUGGGAUGGAACAAUACAAACACACAAUAUAGUAUGGGAAUAAUAGCACCUUUUUGGGGAAUAUAUAUUUUCAUAGUAAUAAAUGAAGUAUCCCACCAUUCUAUUUGUUUCAAUCAU